GGUUUCGUACCUGGGUCUCCCUCCAAACUCCGUAAAGUGUCCAGUGUUUAAGGGUAAUUAAUUGUGUAAGAUGUCGCUCCAGAGAUGUUCCCGUGCUUUACUGACAGGUGCUGCUGUUCUAAGGACUGUUUCUUGUCAACAGAUUCGACAUAAAAGCCAGGUUUGCACACACACCCGCAGCCUGAACCUCGCCGCCGCAGCCAAAACCCUUCUGGAACCACCACCAGCAGGUACAGCUGUGGUUGGCACUGUCACCGGUACAGACACACUGCGAGUUGGGUUCAGUGACGGCAGUGCCAGAGAGAUCAAUUACACCUGGCUGAGGGGUAACUGCAGGUGCCACAGUUGCCUUCGUGGUGCCACUGAGGGACGUCUGGCCUCAGGGGAACAAAGCCCAGAGGUUCACCCGGAGAUUAUUCAGAGUAACGUACACGGGAUAGUGGUGGACUGGAGCGACGGACACAUAAGCAAAUACCCCGGCCAGUGGCUCUAUGAUACGGCCACUUCUUCACCCACUGAGCAAAAGGUUCUUCGUCUGCAGCAACUUUAUGCUGUGUGAAGCACUCGAAGCCUGAGGUUGUAGGAAGCCUCAAAGACGCCGCUGAAGAUGAGGGAGACGGACCUCGAGAAGGAUGAAGAUCAAGGAGGUUUCCUUCUGACCCGAAAGGAAUCUGCCGGAGUCGAUCCGCUCUUCGCUGCUGAUUCUCUGUCUCUCUCUCUCUCUCUGUCUCUUUGUCUGUCUGUCUAUCUGUAUGUUUCUAUCUGUCUCUUGACUGUCCUCUCUGCUCUGUUUCUCUCU